AUGUUACAUAUCAACUACUUUCUACCCGCCGCUGCGGCUGCAACGCGCAGACUGGCAGGUAGCUCAAUAAGAAGCAGCGCCUAUACACAGACACAGAUAUUGCGACACCAUUUCUCAUCAUCUGUAUCUGCUGAUGAACUGUCACAUUUCUCCGGACUCGCCAGCAGCUGGUGGGACCCAAUGGGCCCAUCACGAGUUCUACACUUGAUGAAUCCCACACGACACGAUUUCAUCGCAUCUUGUCUCACAGAAUCUGAGCCACAGGCGAACAACCGUCAAGGCUGCGGAGGCGGCAUAUUCGCCGAAUCGCUUGCUCGAACUCUUUGCUCGAGGAAUUCCGGCACGGAAGCAUUACAUCCGCGCACAAAAGCCGGCUCAAUCGUUGCCAUUGACCCUUCGACUAGUCUGAUCAAAAUAGCUCGGGACCACGCGAGCAAUGAUCCCGCGGUAUUUGAGCAUCUACGGAGCGGCGCAUUCAGAUAUGAGAAUACUACGAUUGAAUCUUUAUCUUCUUCGGUGGCGACUACACAACAACGCCAGGACGAUAAACUAUUUGAUGUCAUCACGCUCUUCGAGGUGAUUGAACAUGUCGACCCUCACACUUCUUCAUCCUUUCUCACCCAUUGCCUCAAACUCCUCAACCCCGGCGGAUGGCUAAUCGGCUCAACAAUCGCACGUACCAUCCCAUCAUUCAUAGUUAACAAAAUGGUCGCCGAAGCACCCUGGCCCAUCGGCGUGGUACCCUGGGGUACCCACGAAUGGAGCAAAUUCGUGAAUGCAAAUGAGCUCCGCGGAUGGGUUGAGGAAGGUUUGAUGAGGGCGGCGGAUGGUGCGGCUCAUCGGGCUGGUAGUGAGGCGUUACAAGGCAUGAAAUGGAAAGUUGCUGGAGUGGUCUAUGUGCCUGGUUUGGGGUGGAACAUGGUUGAUGGAGGUGAGGAUUGGGGGAAUUACUUUUGGGCUGUUCAGAAGCGUGUAUAA